UUCAGUCUUGCUCACAGUCUUAUUCUGGCCAGUUCUGGAUAGAGUUACAGAAAUAGUGGUGUUUACAUCGGUUCGAUAAGAGUUAUUUUUAAUAAAUUAUCCAUUUAUGAAGGCUAAUAUAAAAAAAAGUAAAUUUCGGUGGGGAUAAUUAAACAGAACAUACGUAACAGAGACACAAAUAAAACAAAAUUCCAGCAUUUUGCGGAGAUAAACAUAUAAAAAAGCUGAAGAAAGCAUUUAGGAAAUGUAGAACUAUCGCAAAUGGCAUUGUAUAUAUCACAAAGUCAAGAAGAAAUUUGAAACGUGGUUACGCCAACUUUAUAUAAAACAGCGGUGGAUUUUGGCACUCUAGAUGCAAUUUGUUUUGGAACCCCUAUAUCAUACCUAGAGAUUUGACUUGAAGGUCUCUUAUAACAGUCAAGGUUUUAGAUGAGUGUCUAAUGAACAACCUAAUGUGAUUGAUGAGUAACAAAAAAUGCAAAUGAUAUCAUUUCAAGUCAUGACGUGUGGAUUUAAAGCAGAUUUUGCACUUAUAUAUCUUCCUCAACAAUUUAAUAAUAAAUAAUGUUUUUCACCUCUCAUGAAGCAUAGAGUGUCGUUUCACUUAUUUAUAUGUUAAUUUACUUUUGUUAAGUUUCGUUUUAGUUGAUUUAUUUUCUUCGUACACAUCUGCAUAAAAUGUUGAAUUCUCUAACUUGGAACCAGCCGGAUGAAUUCGGACGAAUUUGACGUGUGCAAUUCUCUUCCCUCGUUUCGACAGGAGCCGCCUGGUGAUGGAACGCAGAUUCAAAGAUGCGGGAGGGUGACUAUGUGCUUCCCGGGGCGAGAAGAUCGAUAGAACACAUGCGCGUCUGGCCGUGUCGCGAGGCGCACGAGUUUCUCCCAAACGCAACGCAACGGAACGCAACGCCACGCACUCUGCGUUCGCCCUCGAAUUUGUGCGCGUAAAAACAAUAAGCAAAAUCGUGAGAUACACUUUUGUGACAAGGGAACGAGGUCGUACGAGAUGCGCUAAUUUUUUUUCCCUCCGAGUUCGACGCUACUCCGAAACGUCAUCGUCGCCUGACGUCUCGUCGUCUACGACGGAAUUAAUAUCAACGCGCAUACUGACCUAGAAACGCUAAACGGGUCGUCAUCGUUGCUUCUCCCCCAACAGCCAACAGACGCGUGAUCACAAUGCAAACGGAAAAGAGUGAUACCGGUACUGAGAAAAAUAAGGUUGUCAACGAUGUCACGAAUGACGUUACGAAUUUGAAGAUCGAAGACAGUUCAACGAGUUCAACACCAAGCAGUCCCGGUGCUACUGAAUCGGGUAGCUUUUUAACGAGCUUCAAAGCGUUCUCGAAAUUCGGCGAUUCAAAGAGUGACGGCAAACUGAUUACUUUAAGCCAAAGUGAUAAAUGGAUGAAGCAAGCAAAAGUAAUCGAUGGAAAAAAGAUCACUACCACGGAUACAGGAAUUUAUUUCAAAAAGCACAAAUCCCAAAAGCUCGGUCUUGAACAAUAUAAAACAUUUCUCGACGAACUGGCCAAAAAUAAGAAAGUGGAAUUAACAGAAAUAAAAAAGAAAAUGGCUAACUGUGGACCACCCGGAGUUACAGCUGGUGCCAGUGGAGCCGGAAAGGUAGCAUCGACAGUUGACAGACUAACCGAUGUUAGUAAAUAUACCGGCUCCCAUAAACAACGUUUUGACGAAACGGGAAAGGGUAAAGGCAUAGCAGGCCGCAAAGAUAUAACAGAUACAUCCGGAUAUGUACAAGGCUACCAAAAUAAAGAUACGUACAAGGGCCAGUAGUACUCAUCUUUCGAUGAUAGAUAUCUUUAAAAACACGCGUAUCACAAACAUUCGCUGCUCGUUAUAGUGGCCUGAAUUUUUUAACGUAUCGUCGAUAAUCUGGCAGAUAUUUCAAAAAUUGUGCAUUUGGUAAAAUUUAAAUUUAUCAUGUUUGAAACGUAUUAAGAUAGCAAUAUUGCGCUUAACGAUUUUUGCCAGAUCGCUGAUAAUACGUUCGCAGCAAUCGUACUCUUAUAAUACUUCCACUAUUGAUAUUAUGUUGCAAUUAUUUAAUUUUCCCGACACAACAGUUUUUGAUGAGAAUAUUAUUUUUUUACUAAUUAAUUUAUUUCGUUAAUUAAAUUGACUUAUUCUUCGACAGUUCGUCUGUUAUUUACAGAUAUUCUUGUUAUUUUUUUCUGUUUAUUUUUGUUAAUCACUAGAUGAUACGAAUAAUACUAUUUUUUUGUAUUUAAUUUAUUUUGUUGGAAUUUUACGAAAAU